AGUAGAGUGAAGUUAUACAUGUGCAUUAUAAAGAACAUUCAGGAUCAUCUCAGAUACAAAAAGGCUGCCACAAUGUCAAGCACAGCAAUAUGUAGGAGGGCCACUAUGAAAGACCACAAAGCAAUCAUAGAGAUGGACAACAUGGUGUACAAUGGAGUAGACUAUUUAGAUGCUAACUAUCCACUUUACAUGCAACAACCAUACAGAUUCUGUUUCCUAUGUGAGGAUAAUGGGAAGGUUAUGGCAUACUCUCAACAAACGCUAGUAGAUGGAGGAAAAACAUUGAUUGGUCAAGCUGGCAGAUCAAGACCUGGGCACCGUGGUGAAGGCUAUUUUAAGAUGCUGAUUAACUAUGUGAACGAACAGAUAAAGAUCCUAUGUCCAAGUGUUGAGAGAAGAGUAUACACUGCAGUAUAUGGAGAAUUCCAUCAAAAGCGUGAAGUAAACUUCAUAGAAAAGAGGAAUCGUCAAACAUUCAAACUAACUCCCGAACAAAGUCUUUGUGAAAUUCAUUGCUUCAUGAACCAACCCACUGUAUACAGAAUCACCCCAUAUGAGUUAGAAGCCAUCGUAGAAGAAGAUUGUAAAAAUGGUUGGAAAAUAUUUCCUGCCAAGAGCUUAACAAGCGAGUGGGAACCUAUGAGUAUGAUAGAUGGUGUUAAAUCAAAUGUUCAAAUAAUUGCCUAUCGUUCACUGCUGUUUGCGAGUUACGACAUCAAUGGAAAAUGUGUUGCUGUGAGUGCCUUGAAUGGAUACACUAUAACCCGAGGGCGGAGAAGUGAUUGUGACUUCUAUGGCCCUAACCUCAAUCACUUACAAGCCCAUAUGAUCGCCCAUGCUAAGGAGGCUCAUAAGAAAUCCCAAAAGGUUAAAUGUGAUCUGUACUUCUGUGUGCAUUUCCCCCUGAGUAUAUCACCAGAGAAACUGAACGUUU